UGUGCGUGCCCCGCUGUGUUCGGGCUCGCGCCUGCCCGUGCCCAGCAGCGCUGCACAGCGGGCCAGGGAUCAAGGCACCUGCCCAGGGAAAGGUGCAUGGAGAGGGCCUGAAUGGACUGACAGUCAGCUCCUGGAGAGAUACAUGGCCAGCUCCCAAGAGGCGCAGGAACAGCUUGGCGUUGGGUGCCCCAGCACAGACCUCCGACUUCCCUUUCCCUUCCAGCACAAACUGAUUUUUCCUCUGUGUUUUUUGGGUUGCUUUGGUGGCAGCCACUUGGCCGCCUCUUCUUUCUCCCUCCACAAUGGUGAGGUGGUUUCACCGUGACCUGAGUGGGCUGGAAGCUGAAGCCUUACUGAAGGGACGAGGUGUCCAUGGGAGCUUCCUGGCCAGACCCAGUCGGAGGAAUCAGGGGGAUUUUUCCCUUUCAGUCCGGGUUGGUGAUCAGGUAACCCACAUCCGCAUCCAGAAUACUGGGGAUUUCUAUGACCUGUAUGGAGGGGAGAAGUUUGCCACCUUGUCUGAACUGGUGGAGUACUACACACAGCAACAGGGCUCGCUGCAGGACAAAGAUGGAACCAUCAUCGACUUGAGAUACCCGCUCAACUGUUCUGACCCCACGACAGAGAGGUGGUACCAUGGGCAUCUGUCAGGCCCUGCAGCCGAGUCCCUGCUCCAGGCCAAAGCUACCCCUUGGACCUUCUUGGUGCGGGAGAGCCUCAGCAAACCUGGGGACUUUGUCUUGUCUGUCCUCACUGACCAGCCUAAACCUGGCUCUGAUGCUGCAGCCGGGGCAGCCGGUGCCUCUGGGACGCGGCUCAAAGUCACACACAUCAAGAUCAUGUGUGAGAAUGGACGCUACACAAUUGGAGGGACUGAGAUGUUUGACAGCUUGACAGAUCUGGUGGAGCACUUCAAGAAGAUUGGAAUUGAGGAGAUGUCUGGUUCCUUUGUGUACCUGAAGCAGCCCUACUAUGCUACGAGGGUGAAUGCUGCUGACAUUGAGAACAGAGUGCACGAACUGAACAAGAAGACAAGUCUGUCUGAGGAGACGUCCAAGGCUGGAUUCUGGGAGGAAUUUGAUAGCCUGCAAAAACAGGAAGCCAAGCACCUGUUUGACCGUCAUGAGGGCCAGAGACCUGAAAAUAAGAGCAAGAACCGAUACAAGAACAUAUUGCCCUUUGAUCACUCCAGAGUCAUCCUUCAGGGAAGGGACCCAAACAUACCUGGAUCUGACUACAUCAAUGCCAACUAUGUCAAGAAUACCCUGAUCAGCCCAGAUGAGUGCACCAAGACCUACAUCGCCAGCCAGGGCUGCCUGGACGCCACAGUCAAUGACUUGUGGCAAAUGGUGUGGCAGGAGAACACACGCAUUAUUGUGAUGACAACACGGGAGGUGGAAAAAGGCCGGGUAAGUAGCAGUCCGGAGGUGUCUCUUCCCUUUCAACCAUUGCUCUGCUUUUUCUCUCUCUCCUGCCUUCUGCCCAUCCUCACCCUGCCCUCUCUGCCCACACAGAACAAAUGUGUGCCUUACUGGCCAGAGCUGGGCAGCACGAAGGAGUACGGUCCCUACCUUGUGCAGAACACUGGGGAGCACGACGCACUGGAGUACAAACUGCGGCACCUCUGCGUGUGCCCGAAGGAUAACGGCAAGGCUGUGCGUGAGAUCUGGCAAUACCAGUACCUGAGCUGGCCUGACCAUGGUGUACCCAGUGAGCCGGGAGGAGUCCUCAGCUUCCUCGACCAGAUAAACCAGAAGCAAGAGAGCAUCCCCAAUGCAGGGCCUAUUCUGGUACACUGCAGUGCUGGGAUUGGCCGCACUGGGACUAUCAUCGUCAUUGAUAUGAUAGUGGAAACAAUCUCUACCAAGGGGCUGGACUGCGACAUUGACAUCCAGAAGACCAUCCAGAUGGUGAGGGCCCAGCGAUCUGGGAUGGUGCAGACAGAGGCCCAGUACAAGUUCAUCUACAUGGCCAUCUGCCAGUUCAUAGAGGCAACCAAGAAAAAGCUGGAAGUUAUCCAGUCUCAGAAAGGCAAGCCAAACGAGUGUGAGUAUGGGAACAUCGCCUACCCCCCUGCAGUGAGGAAUGCACACCCCAAGGUUUCCCGAAAACCCUCCAAGCAGAAAGAGGAGUCAACUGUGUAUGAGAACUUGGGGAAAAAGGAGGAGAAGGUGCGGAAACAACGCUCCUCAGAGAAGAAGCUGAAAGGCUCACUAAAGAAAAAAUAAUCAUACGUUGCAGGUAGCCCCAUGGGGGUUUGAACUUGGGCUGCAGGACUGGAGCUCACAUCCCAGCUGGCCUGUCUCGCAUUCCUUGCUCUUGGACUGGAACGAAGCCUUCCCCUUCUCUCCCGUGCCAGCUUUCAGUGCUGUGACCCCUGGAGUCAGUAGCUCAGCUGACUGACUCCAUGGUCCCGCGCCUGUGCAGGCCAGCAAAGCACUGCCCCUCAUCAUCCAUUCGCAGGAAAAGGUCACGCCCCUCCCUCCCUUGCUCCCUGAGCACCGGGCCCAAACCCACCUUUGCUGUGUCAGCUUCAGAGGAAUUGUCAGCCAAGAGCUAAGGAAGGUCAAUCCAGGAGCUACAUCUCUGCCUACUGCUGUGAGUUAAGAGUUUAUCCUGUUUGUGUUCCCUGAAGCCUCAGCUUUUCAAGUAUGAAGGUUUUGGCCUGUUUCAGCUCAGCUCCUCUGCAAUUCAACAGGAGACUUCCUCCUUCCUUAAUACCAACCUUCUGCCCCUCUUAUCCUUUUGCUAUCUCAUCCUUCACCUGGAUGCUGUAAAUAUACCAGAAUUUGAUGUGAUGGCCAUGUUUUCCUUUUUGUUUGUAAAUAAA